AUCGACGUACUACGAACUACAAUGUCGUUAUAAAGCUUGGAUUCAAUGAAACGUCAAAACAGCUACGAACUUUUUGUGAGAAUUAACAAGUUACAUGACGUGAAAGAAAUUCAAACGAUGCUGACUUUAUGACGUUUCCUUGCAUGACGUUUUAAUUAUGUAAUAUCGUGUCAAAUAUGAAAAAUAUAGUAGGCAAAGUAGUUGUUCUGGGUUCGCAAGGUGUCGGAAAGACGAGUAUUAUAGUUAGAUAUGUUGAGAAUGUCGUCAAUCGUCCUAUCAAUCCAACUAUAGGAGCUAGCUUUUUUACCUGUAAAUUAAAUAUAGCUGAUACCGAAGUUAAAUUACAGGUAUGGGAUACAGCAGGUGAGGAAAGAUUUAAGUCAAUGGCGCCAAUGUAUUAUCGUAAUGCGAACGCCGCCAUGUUGGUAUUCGAUGUUACACGAUAUAAUAGUUUCGCAGCUAUUAAAAAUUGGGUUACGGAAUUGAAGAGAAACGUCGAGGAACAAAUGGUAUUAACGGUUAUCGGUAAUAAAUCAGAUCUAUUUAAUGAUCGAGAGGUAGACACCGAAGAAGGUAGAUGUUAUGCGAACAAAAUCGGUGCGACUUAUCACGAAACUUCUGUAAUACAUAAUGACGGAAUAGAAAAGGUUUUUUUGGCAAUAGCCAAUGGAUUGAUAAGUUUAUCUUCUGGUAACACGGAAAUAACAUCCGCGUUAAGGAUCACCGAUUCGAACAAUUUUGGAUUGAAUAAUUCUGGCAUAUUAUUGACACCUUCCGAAGAAAUUGCACAGAAUCCAAACAUCGCACUUGGAAUAAACGAAAAGAUUCGUACUUGUUAUUGUUAUACCAGAGUAUCCAUUGGCACGAAAUUACCAGAUAAAGAUAUUUUCUUUACUAUUAAAGUGAACAGUAUUUCUGAUUGCGAAGAGGAAUGUUCGAAAAGACGAAGUUCUUGCGUUGCGUUUAGCUACGGAAUUAGCCCAAAAGGAAACACAAGUUGUGAAUUAAGUUCAAAAAUGCCAAGUCCAGAAGAUCUGCAAACGAAUUCGGAUUACGAUGUUUAUUUGCGUACAGAACGUUUACCAAAUUGUGAACCUGAUCGACUUUAUAAAACUGGAAAUAGCGGAAAUCAAAAAUCGAUGAAUAAUACAAGAACGAAUACUAGAUUUUCUGGUGGUCUCUUUGGAUCAUUUUUGCCAAAUAUUUAUCAACCUAAUAGAUCUGAAAAUAAUGGGAAAAGACAAAAUACGAGUCAACAAUCGUAUUUAUCAUCAUUCGAUGACGAACAACGUAUCAUAGACAUCAUUAGAAACAAGAAUUAUGGUUCAAGACCGAAAAUUCCAAUUAACGAUCAAAAAUAUCCAACUUUUGGUAUAAACAAUGAAUCUAAAUUAACGACUGAUAAAAAGCCACAAUUAUUGGGUAACAAUUUUGGUGAGAAAAUUUAUUUCGAAAAAGGAUACGAAGAUUUAUUUCAUUUUGAUAGACCAAUUAUCACAAAGGAUGACGUAUAUCGUCCAGUGACAUUGAUUUAUCGUCCGGCUUAUGAUAACGUUUGGCAAAACAAAGAUUUUCAAAAUUAUGGAAAUAAACCGAUAAAUGAAAUUUAUUCGAAACCAGUAACUAAUAUUUACGAGGAAUGCACGAAAACUUUGUCAAAUUUUCCGAAUGAUAAUAACAAAAAGGAUUCUUAUAAGACCGACAAGGAUAAUGGCAUGAUCGUUAAGAAUUAUCAGAUAUAUCGUACGACCACAGUUAAACCUACGAAUGAAAAUAAUUAUCAAGUACCUGUUAGAUGGAAACCUAUUCAAAAUGGAAUAAUUCAACAAUUUCGACGUAAUCAAACACGUCCUUUCGUCAUUAACUUGAACGACGACGUUUCCAUGGGUACGAACGAUUAUAAAAAUUUUAUGAACGAUUAUAACAAGAAAUUUCAUGUUCCAAUUAACGAAGAAAAUAAGUGUUCUGUAAUAUUAAUAGAGGAUGCAGUUGAAGAUUGUUCGCCGUGUUACCGAAGACUUUUAACUGGCAAAAAAACGGUGCAAGUUUAUGUAAGAAGAGCGGUCGAGUGUCAGAGAUUAGAUGAGUGUCAUCGUGCCUGUGAUUACGAAAAAUAUUUCGUUUGCGAAGGCUUCAAUUACAGACGAAUGGGUCCUGGAUCACGUGGUAUGUGCGAGAUGACGUCAGUACCUUAUUCGCGUUUAAACAUUCAUCGAGAUUUUCAAGCAGAUCCGCAAUGUGAUUAUUAUGAAAAAGAUCCUGAUUGUCUUCGUGAUACAAUAUCUCAGUCAUCUUGGCCCGGGCCUUAUCCUUCUGGAUCAGGACAUACGUAUGUCCCUGAUCGAAGACCUUCCAGUGAUAUACCAAGACCCAUCAUUCAUCAUGAUCAAAGACCAAUCUAUCAAAAACCUGAUCCAGCAAGACCGAUAGAUUUACCUAGACCACAGAUAGAUAUUAGAUCACAGGUUUAUGGUGGUCCCUACGAGACGCACGGUGAUCCCUUUUUUCAACAAACUCAUUCUCCCCAUGGAAGACCAAUCGACAAUUUCAAUGGCAAUGGUUAUUCUUAUGGGAGACCAUUAUUUCCAAGGCCAAUGUAUCAUGGUCCAAUUGAUAGACCUUAUCUUCCGAAAUAUCCCGACAGAAGAGUCGAUUAUAAUGGCCCUUAUAAUGACAUAGGAACGAACGAGAUCGGACCAUAUUCGUCGGACCGUCGAAAAGAUCCAAAGGAUUGGCAAGUUUAUGGUAAUGGAAUUUAUAGUAGUUCGUACGGUUACGAUACGAAUUACGUCAGUCAUUUCGAUAUACCAAAAUAUUAUCCGAAAAAUCCGAUCGAUGUGAAACCAACGAGACCACAAGAGAACGAUCAUUUCUAUGGUGAAUUUUAUAAUUACGGGGGUGCCUUUGGUUACGGUGACAAUUAUAUACCGGCUGAUAGAGAUCAGCUUUAUGGUGGAACGAAAAAGGAACGACGAUGUACCGUGAGAGCUGGUGCUGGAUUUAAACUUGUCAGAGAUGUUAUUAGAAGGACAUAUUUAACACCGAACUUGGAGGAAUGCGAGAGUCUUUGUUUGAACGAGAAUAAUUUUCUUUGCAUGACUUUGGCCUACAGAUACAACGUCGCGGCUACCGAUCCUACGGACAAUUGUCUACUCACUGAGAUCUCUUACAGGGAUUUAAAUUUUUACACGGACAUAGAACCCAAUCGUGAUUAUGAUAUUUACGCUAUAAUCGGCGAUCCAAAGACUUGCGAUAUGAUGGCCCAACGACAUCAUCAUUAUCAAAAUCAUCAUCAUCAGAAUCAUCAUCAUCAGAAUCGUCAUCCACCUGAUGAAUGCUUCUGGAGAGUAAGAAGUGGCUUCGGUAUGCCAUCAGAUGUUAUAAGGAAAUCAAUUUUUGUCGAUGACCUUGGCGAAUGUCAAGUCGAAUGUACAGUCUCACGAGAAUUCACCUGUCGGAGUUUCGCUUUUAGAUACGGAUUGGGAGGACUUCCACAACGAAAUCCCUCAACAAAUUGUCAUCUAAGCGAUUGGCCAACCCAAGAAAUCAAUCCAACAACAAUGCCCGACAUGGACGGAGCCGAAAUAUACGAACGAGGUAGUUUUGGACGAGGCUGCGAGCCUUAUCCCUUUCCACCAUUUAAAAUCGGUGGACAAAGCAAAUUUCCACGUGGAGAAGAUGUAUGCUAUUCCAGUUAUCACAAACCGUGUAGAUUGACACCGUAUUCAGUGAUGUUGGCGAUAAACGUUGAUUCCGAAUCUGAAUGUCGUGAAAAGUGUUCGAAAAUGCGACAAAAAGAUCCAAUACCAUGCAUGUCCUUCAGUUACAAAAUUCGAGCUGAUAGAGGCGAUCAAAAUUGUCUUUUGAGCGACGUAUCGAUAAGAGAUUUAAGACCAGGAUUGGAUUAUGCCUACGAUGAUGAUCACGUUCUUUAUGCUUGGAAGGACCUUGAACCACAAUGCAUGAUCACAGGAUAUUCCAUUGAUGAUAAUCAUGUUUUUGGUAAUCAAGGAAAUGGUAAUGGAAAACCACUUUUACCUUUGCCAACAGCUAGACCUGAUUUAGGCCCUGGUUCUGAUCAAUCCGAUGGGAUUUAUAUUCCGGAUCCUAGACCAUUUUAUGGGCAUGAUAUAUCUAGACCAUUUAACAGUGUUUAUCAGCAUGGAUUAAGACCAUACGAUCCCGACAGACCUGAUCCUCCAGUUAGACCAACAGAUGAUCGUCCUUAUAGACCACAUGGUGGUCAUGGCGAUUAUGAAGGUGAUUAUGGAUAUAUGGAGCAUAAUAAUUUUCAUGGCUCAAAUGGUCAAGACGAUACUUUCCCACCAUCACCAGAUUUUGCAACCUUUCAACAUUACACCGUAAACGGUUACCCAUGUAAAAGAGAUACGAAAUGCGAGAGGAACGAUGUAGCUGGUUUUUGGUCAUGCGAAACGGAAGGAGGAGAAGUUGGUAGUUGGGAUUACUGUUGCGAACCUAACCAUCAUUGUGGUUACUCUCAAGGAUUUCAUUAUCCAUGGUGUUACGUGGGUUUGUCCGAUGAUCAAUGGAGACCGUGCAGCGAGAAAUAUUAUCCUUAUUUACCAAGUCCACGACCGAUUCAACAGGACGUCUAUCAUCAUCAUCAUCAUCAUCAUUAUGGCGAUUACAAUGGUGAUGAUCACGGGGAUCGUAACGAUAUAAAUUAUUAUUCUAGACAUUGGCCUGUGACAUACCUUCACAGAGAACCACCACCAAAUUGUACGGACUCCUUGGCAUCUGCAAAUGAUAAAAAAGAUCAUCUUUUUAACGGAUCGUCGAUCGUACAAUCAAAUAAUGAUAAUUCACAAAAUGGCGAUCGUACCGUGAGGUUUCACAAUCAUGGUGCUAGAAGACGUCUAGUAUCUCGUACCGCCGACAUGGGGAAUAAGAAUCGUUACGAUGAUAAAGAACACAAUGGUCAACUCUUCUUCACGAUGGAAAAAAUUGGUACAAAACGAUUCAUCACUGACGACGACACAGAACGUAAUGCCGGAAACAUUGAAAGAACGUUUAAACUUAACUCGAGCCUAGCGCGUUUUAAUUCAACGGCGAUCGAAGCGCCAUUCGUCACGAAACAACGUGGACGCAAUCACUCGGAAUGGUCGGUAAAAAUGGUCACACCUUUGCCACCGUCGGUAAUAACAAAUAAUGAACGAUAUAAUGAAUUUUCUGCUCUUAAAUCGUCGAAUAAUUUCACAUCGAUUUUUUCUAAUGGCACUAAUGAUUCUAACAUUUCGGAACUGAUAGGAACUACUCAUGGUUUCGUUGUUAAAGUGAAUUGAAAUUUUUGCAUACACGUACAUAUAUAUAUAUA